GCAAGUGAGGCCAUAUCCCAGCACUAAUAAGACUCUUCUCCUUCAAUUCCCCUCUUAUCCUCUUCUUCAUUCUAGAGUUACCCAAAUGGCUACCUUCCUCUGAAUCCUCUUCUUGUGCGCAUGAUUUCGUCUUUCCUUUUUCCAGUUUCAUUAGAUUAAGGUAUCAUGAGUAACACAAUGAGGCCAAGGAUCAAGGUGAGGUUUCAUUUGGUUUACGACAGAGGUUAACCAAAUCACCCAACACUUUCAAAGCAUUCCUUUUACGUACCCAGCUCUCGCAGUAUGUUGUGUGAGUGAUUUUUAAGCUCAUAUAUAUCCUAUAUAGAUAUUAUAGAAUUAGCUAUUUUCUGGUUAAUUAAUUUUUGUACCGACGAAAAUGGAUGCGAUCACUAAGGAAAAAGGGAAGAGGGGGCUGAUCAUCAAGACAUGGGAGCGAUGCAAAUCCAUCGGGCGAGGCCCAAAGAGGAGUUCGGGUUCGGGGCCCGUACGUGGCCUAACUCUGAAGAGCAAGUCGUGGCCGUCGCUGGUGGAAGAGGAAAAGCGUGCUAGAAAACGACGGGUGGCUCCGGAAGGUUGCUUUUCGGUGUAUGUGGGGCCUCAAAAGCAAAAGUUUGUGAUAAAAACAGAAUAUGCAAACCAUCCUCUAUUCCAGAUGCUGCUUGAAGAGGCGGAGUCGGAGUAUGGUUAUGAUAACCAAGGCCCGCUUGCUCUUCCAUGCAACGUUGAUAUCUUUUACAAGGUAUUGUUGGAGAUGGAGCUGGAUUGCCGUGAUAUUCAUCACGGCUGCGGCUUGAAGCGUUAUGGCUCUUAUCACCUUCUUAGCCCCUCUAGAAUGGUCGCCACAAAUAUUCACUACUUUUAAAUGUGUGCCUAGCCUGCCUGCCUUUUGAUUCUCAUCUUUUCUUUUCUUUUUGUUCUUCUUCUUAGACUCGUAUGAUAUAAUUAAGUGUUUUAAGAAGGUAAUAAUUUUGUGGGGUUUUUUUCUUUCUCUUGUAACAUGGUUAAUUAUGUGGGAUUCAUGGGUGUUCUAAUUACUUUCUGUAAUCAUGUACUGUUGUAAUCCAUAUGCAGGAAAGAAAUCCAAGCUAUAUAUUUUUGUAUCA